GCCAUGGCGGGAGGGUGGGCUCGCGGCGGCGGCAGCAGGUGAGAGCGAAGCGGCUCAGAGCGGAGGAGUAGCGGAUCGGAGCCAUGGGGAAGCUACAGGAAUUUGACAUUACUUUUGCCAACAAUAAGGUGGUUUACGGUCCGGGGGAGUCCAUUAUCGGAAGUGUGAAAAUACGAACUGCACACUCACUGCAUCACAAAGCCAUCAAGGUGAACUGUCAGGGCUCAUGUGGGAUCUCCAACAAAAUGAACGACUCCUCGUGGAGUCUGGAGGAGCAGUACUUGAACAGCAUGUUAUCAGUGGCUGAUAAAGGAACCCUGGUCCCAGGUGAACACAGUUUCACUUUCCAGUUCGUCCUUCCAGUUGCCAUUCCCACGUCGUUUGAAGGACCCUUUGGGAAGGUCGUUUACCAUGUGAGGGCGGCCAUUGACACGCCCCGCUUCUCCAAGGACUACAAAGCACAGAGGCUCUUCUACGUUCUCAACAUGCUCAAUCUCAACGAGGUUCCUGACAUCGAACAACAGAAUUGUGCAGUAACAACGAAGAAGUUUAAUUACCUCCUGGUGAGGACGGGAACCCUGAUGCUGAAAACGCGCAGUGACCUGAAGGGUUACAUCCCUGGUCAGGUCAUCAGAUUAUCCACGGAGAUCCACAAUAAGUCCGGGAAAGACACCGGAUACGUGCUGGCCAGUCUCAUACAGAAAGUGACCUAUAGGUCCAAGCGGCCCGUCUUCGACCUGCGAACCAUUGCCGAGGUGGAGGGAGCCGGAGUGAAGGCUGGAAAACAUGCAGAGUGGAAGGAGCAGAUCAUUGUCCCUCCUCUUCCUCAGUCGGCACUUGCCGGCUGCCGCCUAAUUGACAUCGAUUACUUCGUUCAGAUUUCACUAAAGUCUCCAGAAGCAGUCGUCGUUUUGCCCAUCUACAUCGGAAACAUCCCUGUGAACCUGUCUCCAACAAGGUCUAUACCCACCAGUCCCAGUCCCGUCUCAUCGCUGGUACCUGGUACCACUGGAGUGAUGCCCAGCGCCCCGCCAGCUGAGGAGGAUCCACAGGACGAGCUGUGCGCCGGGGGCUUCGCCAGCGAGGAGAUUCCCACCAAAAGCCACUCCCAGCAGGAUCCCUCGGGGCAGCCGGUCACCAUGUCGCCCAGCGCCUUCAGCCACGCCCCGGGUGCAGCGCUGCUGUCUGGCAGGCGCCCCGAUGCGUCUGCUCCGCUCUUCUGCCUGUCCACUGGAGCCACCAUACCUUUCUUCACAGAGGGAGAUGUACUUCCAAUCCCCACCUCCUGUUCGCUCAUCCUGCCCCCAGAAUACAGCAGCUGUGACUAUCCUCAAGAACCCCCUCCGACUUAUGAGGAAAGCUGCAGCAGUGUGAACUCUAGUUUUAACAGUGGACAGUAGAAGAUAAGCGGACGGCGAAACGUCAUGUUCGCCACCUGUCUGCACUCGCCUCCCAAACAAAUCCAGACAGAGACAUGCUGGACAACCGCUUCACCCUGCAGACGCCCCGAGGACUGGGUCUGUCUGGAGUUAAAAUGGGAUCGUUUCUUAUUUUUCUAAGAAUUCUAGUUUCCACCUCAUGUCCCAGCAGGUAACAUCAGACACAACAGGUGAACACAGUGCCUAAAAGAAGUAUUUUCAGAUCAAUAUUUAGGAUGUUCUGUGACUGGACCCGUUUUAUUCUUGGAGGAGUGAAAUCUAUUUUUUAUUUUAGCGAACUAUUGCAUCUGUAAUGCCUUUAGAAUAAUUGUAGCACCUGAUUGCUUUCGAUGAGAACUUUCAGUCUGGCCUUUUCUGGAAUCGCAACAGAUCUGCACGGAUGCUUGGACUCCAGAGUUGUGUGUUUGACUCCCAGCUGUCCUCGUCAUCGGCCGAGCAGGGGUGCCUCUGUAGCGGGUCUAAAAAGGUGCCGGUUCCUCUGCUGCAUCCAGUGCAUCUGUCUGGCAAGGAAGGAGAAACUACAGAACCCAACACAACCCCUUUAUGAAGCAUUUUUUGGUGAUUUUUAAAGAACUUGUUUUUAUCCUACACAUGGGAAACAGGGUUCUGGGUAAACCAUAACUUCAGCCUUCAGAAAGUUUUCCUGUUACCCCUUGAUUUUCUCCUGAUUUUGUGACAUUAGAAUAAACUUCUUGGUAUUUUACCAAGAUUUUCUUUUACGAACCAAAACAAAGUAGAACACUGGAAAAAAAAAAAAUCAUGAAUGGUUUUCUUUUUUUUUGCAAAAUGUGGUUAAGUUCAAGUAGUAUGAAUGCUUUUGGCACAGUUCUGUGCAAAAGAAACCAAUCUGAAUUUCUUUUUGCUUUUCCCCAAAGCGGUCAGAAUUUCUUGUAAUAUUUUAAAGUGUCCUGGAUCAGUUUUUCUUCUGGCUUUAUGGAGGUCUAUUAAUGUUUUCUUUGUUCUUUAGCUGCUAAUCUUUCAGCAUAUUGUGCAGCGUCUGCUCAAAGGAAAUGCCUCAAUGAUUCAUUGGUCAGAAUCAACUUAACAAAUACUCCCCUGAAAAGGUUUAACAUGCCGUUCUCUGUGUCACUAUGAAACAACCAACAGAAGAACUAUUGAUCGAAACCAGUUUAAAAUGGUAAUAUUCUGGCUGCUUGUCAAAAAAUUGGUUUAUAAGUUUAAUUGAGCAUUAUUGGUUGUGUUUUACUCCAUACCGCCAUCUUGUGUUGGUUCUGCUUUAUUUUUUUAUUCAAAGGGUUGUUUUUGCAGUAAAUCUCACUGCGCCCUCCUGUGGUCAGUUGUGGUACAUCAGCUUGCCUUUCAGUCUGGAGUCUCAUAUCCAGCCACCCAAACUGCUUCACGGCGUCUUUGAGGUCUGCUGUUUGAAAUCACAACAGAUCAGCCCCUCUGCUGGCGUUAAAGCGCUUCUUCUUCUCUGGAGGAGUCUGAGGAACCUUUUUGUUGCCUUAACCCUCAUGUAGUGUGUAGAUGACAAUGUGUGUGUGCACAAUGGAGCACUUUCUGAAAGUUUGAGUGCAUUGUGUGUGUGUGUGAGGAGGGUCUGGAUUUAAACGAGUUGCCACACGUUGGUUUUUUUUUUUUUUUCUUCUCAAACUUAAUUUUUAACCUGCUCCUGUGUCAUUUCUAUGUUAAACUUUUUCUCUUUUAUUUCCAACAAAAACCCACGAUGUGAUCUUAGUACGUUACGUCUGCAGCGGGCAUUUGCAGAUAGAACAUCUUUGUUUUCUUUUGCACAUAAAAACGUUUUAUCUGAUGUGGUUCAUAAGAGGGAGAAGGAACAAAAUGCUUCAGACUGAUUGUUCAUUUGUGAGUUUUGUUCAGUUGUUUAGAGAAAAUCCCUUUAUGUUGAUUUCUUGCACUCUUAUCAUUCAGGACUACUUUGCUGUCAAACAGGGUUCCUUCAUACUCCUGAGACAAUUAUGGAAAAGUAGGGAAUUUGCUUUUAACAUUUUACAAGCCUGGAUAAGUAAAAUGAGUAAUUUCCAUAAUGUCAGUAUUCUAUUUUUAAAAACCAUAAACUCUGUCUGCCUCGAUCUAAACUACUAACAGUUAUUUUCAGACCUAUGAUGCGUGACAGAUGUAUGUAAACUGAGAGAACCUGUUCCUACGGGUGAUUUAAAUUGAAAUCAUGAGCUGAUUAUCUUGUUAUUUUGAGAUAAGAUUUGUUAGAUUAAAGGCUGUUUAUGGUGCAGCACCGAAUAGUUUUUACUACAGGAAUAAUCUUUCCUGUCUUCUCUAUGACGGAUAGUUUUCAGCUUGAACCAGCUGCUGGUUUCGCUGCUUUGUUUGAAUUAAACCUAUCAGCCUGUUCUUUUUAAGAAUUUGAGCUUUCAUACCUCAAGAUUAGGGGAAAAUUAAAUUGUAUUUUAGUUGUACGACUAAAAGCUCAAGAUUGUUUUAUUUUAAGAUAAUAUAGUGAAAUUGUUGCCUUGAGAAAAUAAGAUAAUGAGCCAAUCAAACUGUAAUGCCUUCAAAACAACCUCAACAUCCCAUUAUCUCAAGAUAACGAAAUAUUUCAAGGCAAGAGGCUUUAAGUUGUCUUAAUUCGAGAUAAUCGGCUUGCUAUCAAGUCAAAGAUGUCGUCUCAAGACGUAUUCUGUUAAGAUCAUGAAACCGUGAAGCUGUAUUUGCAACAAAGAUCUGAAGAUCAUAUUUUUUUAAAAGAAUUACCUAAUUGAACUGUUGUCGAGUCAAAACAGGCUUGAGAUCUUUUUUAUCUCAAAACUUUGAGAGUGAAAUGAUUCCAAAUAAAGGAGCUUAUGAGGUAUUCACUGAAAACCCACUGAUGUGUAAACAUUCAAGCAGCCGAGGGUCACUGUGGCUCAGUUUGGUUUUUUUUUAAGCAUUUAUUGCUUCGAACACACUGAUCCGAAGCGCCAAAAUAUAAAAACAAAUGCACCAAAUCACAUUAAACAUCCAUACUCUAAAUGGUCUUCAGAUUGAUUGAGAUAUUUGGAAAUUUGAGCCUUUAAAAACGUGAAUUUUGAAAUAAAAACUGUGAAGGAACCCUGUUCAAAGAAGUCGCCCUUCCUAUAACUGUGAGAAUCUAAAGCACAACCACUGUACUGAAUGGUCUUGUUUUCUUACAUUUUAAACCAAUCAGUAAUCAGUUUUACAUUCAUGAAAGCAUCCGGGUUCAGAGUCAACCUUCCACAGGAAACUGCUUUGUCAAAUAUAAUCAUGUUAAAGUCUGGGUAAUAAUGUGACUGCAUGCCUCCUUGAAGUCAUUUCUUGCUGCCUUUCAGUCCUGUUUCUGUUUAUUCCAACUAAAGGUACUAUAGCUUUAUGAAACACCACUUUUAUGGGGUUUUUUUCUGCUGAUUUUCCUUUUACAUGUAAAUGAGUGGCGUCUAGUUUUGUAUUUUUCUACUUGGAAACUGUUUACAGGCGCAGUUUGAAUAUGUUGAGACAAGCACCUCAACGAGUACAUGUAAUGUUUCCAGCGUCAGUGCAGAAUCAGGGUUGUACUGGACUAUAAAAUAAUAAUAAAAAUCACAUGACGUGUUUUUGUAGUUGA